AUGGCAGCCAACGUCCUGGAAGAAGACUCAAUGGAGCAGGACAUCGAGAGCCCUGUCACAAUCCAUCAACCAAAGUUGCCCAAACAAGCGAGAGAGGAUCUGCCAAAAAACAUCAGCAAAGAAUGUGCCAAGAGGAAAAUCCAGAGGUACGUUCGGAAAGAUGGGAAAUGCAACGUCCACCACGGGAAUGUCAGAGAGACUUACCGGUACUUGACUGACAUCUUCACCACCCUGGUGGAUCUCAAGUGGAGGUUCAACCUGCUGAUCUUUGUCAUGGUUUACACGGUGACCUGGCUCUUCUUCGGCAUGAUCUGGUGGCUCAUUGCCUACAUGCGAGGGGACAUGGAUCACAUAGGGGACAGCACGUGGACCCCCUGCGUCAGCAACCUCAAUGGGUUUGUCUCAGCCUUUUUAUUCUCAAUCGAGACCGAAACCACCAUUGGGUACGGUUACCGGGUCAUCACGGACAAGUGUCCCGAGGGAAUUAUCCUGCUUUUAGUGCAGUCUGUCCUAGGUUCUAUCGUCAACGCCUUCAUGGUUGGCUGCAUGUUUGUGAAAAUAUCCCAACCCAAGAAGAGGGCAGAAACCUUGGUUUUUUCUACAAACGCAGUCAUUUCCAUGCGGGAUGGAAAGCUGUGUCUGAUGUUCCGAGUAGGAGACCUUAGGAAUUCACACAUUGUAGAGGCAUCAAUACGAGCCAAGUUGAUCAAAUCCAAACAGACAAAGGAGGGGGAAUUUAUACCACUCAACCAGACAGAUAUCAACGUAGGUUAUUACACAGGGGAUGACCGUCUCUUUUUGGUUUCACCACUGAUCAUCAGCCAUGAGAUUAACCAGCAGAGUCCUUUCUGGGAGAUUUCCAAAGCCCAGUUGCCCAAAGAGGAGCUAGAAAUUGUUGUAAUCCUAGAAGGAAUGGUGGAGGCAACAGGGAUGACCUGCCAGGCUCGCAGCUCCUACAUCACCAGUGAGAUCCUCUGGGGCUAUCGCUUCACGCCCGUGCUCACGCUGGAGGAUGGAUUUUACGAGGUUGACUACAACAGUUUUCACGAAACCUAUGAGACCAACACCCCCGUUUACAGUGCCAAAGAGCUGGCAGAGAUGGCCAGCCGAGCAGAACUGCCCCUGACCUGGUCUGUUUCCAGCAAGCUGGACCAACACGCCGAGCUGGAAACGGAGGAGGAGGAGAAGAACCAAGAAGACCAAAAUGAAAGAAACGGAGACGUGGCCAACUUGGAGAAUGAGUCCAAAGUGUAGGACCAGGGGAGAAAUAAAGGCCACCUCCUUUAUCUCCUCCCUCUCUGCUCCCUGUUUCUUUCUGCGACACGCCUUUAAUUUUUUUUCUCUUCCUGUUAUUGGUAACUCACGGAAAAUAAACAUUUUAGAUGAGAAGUCCCAACUUCAACCCCAGACUAAGCCAAGGCGUGGGUUAAAGCUGCAACACCCAUCAGGGAUGGUGGAAUCUCCCCCUGGCAGGGACUGGUGGCCCCUCUCCAGUGCAGACCUCCAGGUUUUUCCACAUCAACAACACAAAAUCCAAUCCCUGAACGCAAAGGAAAUGGAUGCAAGGGAUUUUAAAGGAAAGACUGAUUAAUGCCCACCAAAGCAAUGGGCCUUGGCUGAGUUUUUAUGUAUUUCAGGACACUUUCACAGACUGGGUGACAGUGGAAUGGGCCUUGCAGCUUUAAGAGGAAGGUGAACAGAGGGACCUGCAAUCCCCCACGACCCUGUACAUAUGCCUUAUGUAACUAUUUCUCUCUACAUUUAGUAAUAAACGCCGCAUGUACAAAAGUACUGUAGUAAAGAACUUCUAAAUAAUGUACACAGCUGUGUAAUUAAUGUAGGUUUAGAAACAGAGCUCUAGAAAUAUUGGGAUGCAAAAACUAACUACCCGUCGAGUAGGCAUUUCUCUUCAAAUAUUUGCAGUGUAAAAUUGAUUUUAAUUUAUUUUUCUUUCCCCUCCCUUCUAUGACUCUUCUAGUGCAUAACAUUUUCUUCAGUGUACCAGACUGGCAGCUAUUUAGAGUACCUCACUGUUGGCCAAACAGAUUGUUUCACUCACUCUAAAAAGCCAUAAGUCUGGGAGAGGGCAGGGUAGAGAAUUGUAUUCCUGACAUACUGUGAAAAUGUUUACAAAUAAGGCAAAACCCUUCCUGGUUACUCUUUUUUGGGGGCAGUUCAACUGAAAAAUUGAGGCUGUGGCAAAUUCAUGGCUAACCAGAAUUUCCUGUGUACUUUUCAUGGAACAAGAAUGUGUCAUGUGGAGGUGUUAUCCUUAACGUGCAAUAUCCAGGGAAUCUGCUCCCAUGGGAUUUCAGUGGAGUAGUUUGCUACACACAAAAAAAACCCCACA